AUGGCAACGGGGGAGCAGAUUGCUGAUGGAUUUCUCAUAUACCUGAUCUCUCAAAAGCUCGAUACAAAAUCGCAAAUCAAAUGGGAAGAAGAUCUGCCAAUAAAUUCGCUUCCAACUUGGACAUCUAUGGCAACGUUCCUGGAGAAGAGGUGUCGCAUGCUAGAAAAUGUGGAGGCCACAGUACCAGCAGCAAGCAGCACUUCCGUGGCAGGCAAACGUUCACCUCACGGUAACAGCAGUUCUCGAAAGGCACUUGUAACAUCUUCAAGCUUAUGUUCGUUUUGUGGUUCCACUAGUCACUGGAUUUAUGGUUGUUCUCAAUUUGGAGACUUAUCACCCGCUUCGCGUUAUAAGGAAGCCAAGCGCCUACAGUUGUGUCUCAACUGUCUUCGCCAGGGCCACACAUUAAACAAAUGCAAAUCAGGACAUUGUCGGCAAUGCACAUCAAAACAUCAUUCAUUGCUACACAUGCAUAAAGGUGAGCAACCUACAUCGCUUCGUUCGGCCGACAACACAGGCGCUGGAACGGCACCAACGUCUUCGAUGAGAGUGCAGCAAGUAGCCACAGCUGCAUCCUCAGAAAACUUCGUCUUGCUGGCAACAGCAAUUAUACAUAUCAAAAAUCGUACAGGGUGUUACGUUCCCUGUCGCGCACUGCUCGACUCCGCCUCUCAGGUAAACUUUGUUACAUGGCGCCUGGUAAAUCAAUUAAAAUUAGAAACGAAAAAGAUAAGCACUUCCAUAUCUGGUAUUGGUGCAUCCAAUUUCGUCGCUGACAGGGCAGUUGACAUUUUCGCAAGGGCACGUAGUGAUGACUACACUUUCCCCUUUGAAGCUAUCGUUGCCAACACCAUCACCGAUCACCAGCCGAACUUCGACCUAAACAUCGAUUCGUGGAACAUUCCGCCGAAUGCCAAACUCGCAGAUCCGCUAUUCUAUAAAUCGCAACGAGUUGAUGUCUUGCUGGGAGCAUCAAUAUUCUUCGAGUUAAUGUGCGUUGGCCAAAUUAAGUUAGCCAAGAACCUUCCAAUCUUACAGAAGACCAGAUUAGGAUGGGUCGCUUCUGGUGGAGGACUACAUUUCCACAAAUCAUCGGCUUUAGUUGCAGUUCGUUUUCAUGCAGAAGAAAAGGAAGCUAGUCUCGAUGACCUUGUCAAGCAAUUCUGGGAAGUCGAGAGCUGCUCAGUUCUGCCCACUCAAUCGCAGGAAGAAAUUAAUUGUGAACUUCACUUUCAACAAAAUUAUAUUCGGCUUGUUUCUGGUGAGUAUGCUGUACGACUACCGUUAAAUCAAAACGCUACUAAUCUUGGCGAUUCAUAUACACAAGCCAAGCAACGGUUUUUAAGUUUAGAAAGAAAGCUGCAGCAGAAGCCCGGCAUUAAAGCUCAGUACUCAUCAUUCAUGGAUGAAUAUGCUGAGCUGAAACACAUGUCACCUGUAAGGCUGACAGCACAACAACGAAAUUGCGAGUCGUGUUCGAUGGCUCCGCAAAAUCAGCCAGUGGAUAUUCGUUAA